AUGAGCUAAGACCAGCCUGACCAGCUAAGACCAGGCUAGGCAACCAGCUAAAACCAGCCAACCAGUUUAGGCCGGAUUUAGCGGUUUCUUUCUUUCUUUCUUUUUUCAGCAGGGAAUAUAAAAAUAAACAUUAUAAUAGAGUCUAAAAAGGUGAACAUAAUAAAUUUAAAGGUCCAUUUGGCUCUAGAAAGACCUCAUUACAACAAUUUAGCAAUGAGGUCUUGAUCUUUUAUUUUUAGUUGAAGUCAAAUCUAGGUGUAUUUUUAAUAAAUGUCUCUGUAUGAACGUAAUAGUUCACUUAGACAAUAAAGAUAUCAGUAUUCAUGUUCAAACCAUGAAGCUAUAAAAUACACACACGUGUUUAUCUUGUUGUAAUAUGCUCUCGCGGUAUUCACAGUGGCGCGCGCACGUGAUAGAAAGGGUUUGGCGAUGAGGUCACGUGAUGGCGUGCGCAUGGAAUACUGGGCAACAAACAGUGUUGUGAAUAACGACAGGCGUAACAUCAAGAGCUCGCUGAAAGGACACGGAAAAUAACGUAUCGACUGUCACGUCACCGCUUUGUUGAUUGUGAUUAUUCGGGGCAAGCGAUGCGUCACGUUGGGCUGGACGGGCGGCGGGACUCUGGACGUAGCGCUGCGGCGAUGUGUGGAGUCUGGAAAGUUCAGCGUGUGUGUGAUUUAUAAGCCGGACGCAAUGCCAGUAGCGAUCUGGUCACGCCUGAUCAAAUCAAGUAGCUGCCUGGUCAUCUGAGAUGUCUGGGGGGGACGUUACUCCUCUGAUGUUGACAGGGCUGUGAUGGGACACUGGGUGAGAAUGGCGAUAAUAAGUGCACAGCAGCAGCUCACACGUUUGGAUCUGAAGUCCUUGUGGUGGUACGACUCCACAUCAGUUUUUCCAAGAUAAACACUUUCUAAAUCACUAGACUUUUGGGAGAAGUACUGUCCCGUGCGUUUCCCCUGCUGACUCAUUUGCCAGAGGAGCUCAGGCUGUUAUCUAAAGCGAUCGCUUGGCAACGUGGAGAAUCAAGGGUCAACAAAUCGCACUGGACGUCCAAUCAAUCGGGUGAACUCGUAUGCAGAUCACAUGAAGGGCUGAAGAUGUGGAGCUCAGGGUCAGUGCAGGGUGUGCUGAAAGCCCUGAAGCACGCUGCGGGUAAAGGUCAGAUCCAGAUGACCCGCUGGCUGCAGCGGAGCCCGGACUCGCUGGAAUGCGACAAGACUGACAUCUUGAUCUGUAAUGUGUUUGACGAGAGAGGAAGCGGCGGCAGGUCUGAUCCAGACCCUGAGAACCUGACCGACACCGGCGUGUCGUUCACCCCUGAAUUCAGACAUCCGUGUUGCAUUACCACCUGUUGCUUUAAAAGUGCUCUGCUGGCGUGCAUCCUGACAGCUGUGUGUUUCUCAUCCGUGGCACUCGUGCGCCAGUACCUGAAGGACGUGUUACUGUGGGUGGAGAGUUUGGACAGUUUUGUGGGAGCGAUGCUCUUCAUUGUGGGCUUGAUCACGGUGUCUUUCCCCUGCGGCUGGGGGUAUAUCGUGUUAAACGUGGCCGCGGGGUAUCUCUAUGGGUUUGUGUUGGGUAUGGGGCUGGUGAUGGUGGGGGUUUUGAUCGGGACGUUCAUAGCUCAUGUGGUGUGCAAGAGAUUACUGACGAACUGGGUUUCGAGUAAGAUCGGGAGCAGUGAACAGCUGAGUGCUGUUAUUCGCGUGGUGGAGGGUGGGAGUGGACUCAAAGUUGUGGCCUUGGCGAGACUCACGCCGAUACCCUUCGGUCUCCAGAACGCAGUCUUCUCGAUCACAGAUGUGUCCUUGCCAAAUUAUUUAGUGGCUUCGUCAGUAGGACUUCUCCCAACGCAACUCCUUAACUCAUAUCUGGGUACCACCCUCCGCACAAUGGAGGACGUGAUCGCAGAACAGAGCGUCAGUGGAUACUUUGUGUUCAGUCUACAGAUUUUCAUCAGCAUCGGCCUAAUGUUUUACGUUGUACAUCGAGCACAAGUAGAACUGAACGCCGCCAUCGCUGCCUGCCAGAUGGAGCUGAAGACAUCGUACAUGAACGGCAUCAUGGCGAACCACAGCAGCUCGACCUACUGCAACAAAAGGGCUGCUGUAGGAGGGGGCAUCAAUGUAGUCUGAUUGCUAAAUCAACAUUUGUCCUGUUGAGGAACACAUUUCAACCCCCUUUUCCAUCAGUUUUGCUGUACUGACUGGAAUGCAGAGGCUACGUCAGGGUAUUUGGGUCCCUGCGUGCAUCAGAAGCCGCUACUGCCCCAACCUGCUGUUCUAGAUAUAAUGGAGGUCUAGAUGGAGCAGCAAUGGACUUUGAAAGCCGAAGAACCAACCAUGAUGGACUAUCAGCCUUUGAUGGAAACUUUGCCCAAAGAUUGGGACCCUGGGACAGUAUUCAGCGGGAAAACUGAUGAGAUUGACUGGGAUGUUAGUUUUUGUGGUACGUUUUCUUUUUUUAUGAUACUAAUAUAAAUUAUAUAAAACUUUAUAGGAGGUCUAAAGCAUGAAUGGGUAAUGUUGUAGAAUUGUAAUUAGAUAUUGCAGAUGGCCCAACAAAUAUAUCAGGUUAAUAUGCUUCAGAGAUUAUUUAUAUAUAUAUAUAUAUAUAUAUAUAUAUAUAUA